UUCCAAAGCCCCAAGGGUCCAGAUUCUUUUCCCAACCGGAGGACGCGAAUUAAAGGAAACAGAAUUCUAGACUCUUCUUUCUGUCGAGGAUGCCCCAAAUUCGACGGUCCAGACCCUGCCCCACCGAUCACCACAAACCAAUCUCAGCCGUCCAUCAACGCAACUUGCUGAAAAUCACUUCCUAUAAAUUCCACACCCCCACCCCCACUGCUCGGAUGCCCUGACAUCCUGACUUUUGUUCUCAGCUCUCCCUUUCUCUCUCGCUCGGAGAAUAUUUUUGCAAUUAGGGCUUUGGGAUUGGAAGAAGAUUGAUCGUUGAUUGGUUUGGGAGGUGUGAUCGAUUUAGAUUUUGGAUUUGUUGAGUAGCAUUUUUGGUGUUUCUUGGAAGAAGAAAAAGAAGAAGGGGAAGGAGAGAAUGUUUGGGAGAGCGCCGAAGAAAAGUGACAAUACGCGUUAUUAUGAGGUUCUGGGAGUGUCUAAGGAUGCUUCGCAGGACGAUUUGAAGAAGGCGUAUCGCAAGGCGGCUAUCAAGAAUCAUCCUGACAAGGGCGGUGAUCCCGAAAAGUUUAAAGAGCUGGCUCAGGCUUAUGAGGUUCUGAGUGACCCUGAGAAGCGUGAUAUCUAUGACCAGUAUGGUGAGGAUGCACUCAAGGAAGGAAUGGGUGGAGGUGGCGGAGGCCAUGACCCAUUUGACAUUUUCCAAUCCUUCUUUGGUGCGAGCCCCUUUGGUGGUGGUGGAAGUAGUAGGGGGCGAAGGCAGCGGAGAGGUGAGGAUGUGGUCCAUCCUCUGAAAGUUUCUCUGGAAGACCUGUACAGCGGCACAUCAAAGAAGCUAUCCCUUUCUCGUAAUGUGAUUUGCUCGAAGUGCAGUGGAAAGGGAUCAAAAUCUGGAGCUUCAAUGAAGUGCCCUGACUGCAAAGGAUCUGGGAUGAAGGUUACAAUUAGGCAGCUUGGCCCUUCUAUGAUCCAGCAGAUGCAGCAUCCAUGCAAUGACUGUAAGGGGACUGGUGAGGCCAUUAAUGAUAAAGACCGCUGCCCCCAGUGCAGAGGUGAGAAGGUUGUCCAAGAAAAAAAAGUAGUGGAAGUCGUUGUGGAGAAGGGCAUGAAGGAUGGACAUAAGAUCAAGUUCCCUGGCGAAGCAGAUGAAGCGCCUGAUACAAUCACUGGGGAUAUAGUCUUUGUCAUACAACAGAAGGACCAUCCUAAGUACAAGAGAAAGGGCGAUGACCUCCAUGUGGAGCACACUUUGUCUCUCACUGAGGCUCUUUGUGGCUUUCAGUUUGUAUUGACCCACUUGGAUAACAGACAGCUUCUUAUCAAAUCAAACCCUGGGGAGGUUGUCAAGCCAGACCAGUUGAAGGCGAUCAAUGAUGAAGGAAUGCCCAUUUACCAGAGGUCAUUCAUGAGGGGGAAUCUGUAUCUUCAUUUCACUGUGGAUUUCCCGGACUCUUUGAGCCUAGAUCAGUGCAAGGCAUUGGAGGCAGUACUGCCACCAAGAACAUCAGCGAAGCUGACGGACAUGGAGCUGGAUGAGUGUGAGGAGACCACAUUGCAUGAUGUUAACAUUGAGGAGGAGAAGCGCAGGAAGCAGGCUGCCCAAGCUCAGGAGGCAUACGAGGAGGACGAAGACAUGCCCGGUGGUGGUGGUCAGAGGGUGCAGUGUGCACAGCAGUGAUCACUCAUUUGACUUGCAUUGUAGGGAAAGUUGGAGUGAAAGGUUAACUGUGGGAAGGAAAGUGAAUUGUUUUGGUUGAUGUCGUGUUCUUGUUCUCCACGGUGGAGUCGUGUUGCUCAAAAGAUUUAAGUCAUUGAGGAAACAGGAAGUGUUAUUACUGAUGGUGAAUCCUUGUAUUUUGUUAUAACUUUUUAUGGUAAUGAUUUUGUUUUAACAUUAGGCAUAAUAUUGCUAUCUAAGUGAUUCUUGUUGCCCUUGCUCUCA